GCCGAACAUUUUGAGUUGAAUCCAAAGGGCAACGAUAAGAUGUUGACGACCCAAUAUGUUUCCGUAACACCUGAAUCAAAAUAAUGGAAUAAACAAAUAAUCUAACAGGUUAAUCAUAUUCGGAGUGUCAAAAUAUAUCAGAACCUCUUUUUGAUUUUAUGACAAGAUAGAAAUGUGUGUUGUUUGCGGUCUUAAAUUUUAAUUCCUAACUUGAUUUUAAUUUUAACCAAUGGGAAAUCGAUAUUUGUAUUUGUUUUUGUUCAGUUUGACAAUAACUGUUACUUCUUGUAGUACAGUUCAAAUUUAUACGGAGGAGCAAGAUGUUGGAUACCUAAGAAAAGAUAGAGUACUUCUUGAAGUAUCCAAUACAAGUUUGAUACAAUGUAUCCCAUCAGGAAUCGAUGCAUUUCCGUCAGAUUUUUUGACGCAAGAACAGAGAUUGCAUGGCGGAGUUGUAAUUCACUUUUUGAUCAUGUUCUACAUUUGCGCCAUGAUUGGCAUAGUCUGCAAAGACUACUUCAUACCAUCUUUGGAAAUCAUUUCCGCUAGUAUGCAAUUACCUUCUGACAUCGCUGGGGCAACAUUCAUGGCAAUUGGAACUUCAGCUCCAGAACUAUUUUCUUCCAUAACAGGUUCAUUUAUAACAGAAGGUGAUAUAGGUGUUGGAACUAUAGUCGGUUCAGCUGUUUUUAAUAUCGUAGGAGUUUCAGGAAUCGUUGGAAUAGCAAUAUGGAGUCAGGUUCUAGAUAUAGACUGGUAUCCAAUAGCGAGAGAUUGUUCAGUUUAUGCAGUCACUGUUAUAACUCUUAUCUGGAUCAUCGAAGACAACAUUGUCGAAUGGUGGGAAUCUCUUGUGCUGCUUUUCAUAUUUUUCGUGUAUCUCAUCAUUAUGGGUUUCAAUAGAAGGGUAGAGAAAGCCUCUCGGAAUAUGUGCAAUGGAGAAACCUGGUGCGUUUGUUGCAGGGAAGAUGAAAACGCAUCUUUGCUCUCAGGAAAAACAAUAAUUCCGGAGAUUGAUGAAGUUGCACGAACCGCAAGUUUUUCAAAUCGGGACAGUUUCAGCGUGGAAAUCACACCUAGCAGAACGAAUUCGAUAUUAAAAAACUAUCCUUCAGAAAUAAUGGACGAGAUUGGAAGGAAUGGCAGUAGCUCUCUGUGCACCUUACCUGUGGGAGGUCCCAUAAAUUUUGCCUGCUGGAUAAUCAUGUAUCCAGCGAAACUACUUUUCUACAUCACAAUACCUGACAGUAGUAACCCUAGGUUGUACAAAUUUUUUCCCGUAACAUUCUUCAUGGCAGUUCUAUGGAUUGGAGUUCUCUCUUAUUUGGCUGUCUGGAUGGUCACAGUAAUUGGUUAUACAUUUUCCAUUCCCGAUUCCAUAUCUGGUCUCACUGUUUUAGCCAUAGGUACAAGUGUUCCGGAAGUCAUUACCAGUAUAAUCGUUGCAAAAAAUGGCUAUGGUAACAUGUCGAUAAGCAAUCUUGUAGGAAGCAACACUUUUGACAUCUCCUUCUGCCUAGGACUACCAUGGCUUAUUAAGACACUGAUAUCGGAAAAGAAAUAUCUUUUGGUGUACAGCUCCGCACUCACUUACACAACUGCAACACUCCUGCUAACACUUGUAGCUUUCGUUAUUGUCUUCCAACUAUCACAUUGGAAGUUCAACAAGAAAGUCGGUCUCAUAUUCCUCAUCAUUUAUGCUGUGUUUUUGGUUCUGUCCUGUAUGUACGAAUUAAAUGUUUUUGGUAAAAUAAAUGUUCCAACAUGUGAUCACUAACUACUGGAAAAUAAUUUGCCAUUUAACUGUUUUAUUUGUAAUGGUAA